GUUGGCGAAGAAUGAUGAUGAUGAGGAGGAGGCGGCCCGCGAGAGACGGCGCAGGGCACGCCAGGAGAGGAUGAAGGGCAGGGAGGGUGAUGAGCCGAGCGGACAGCCAGACAGUCUGGUCAUGACCAACAGCCACAGUGUGACAGAGACAGUGUCUGUGAGCAGCUUUUAUGGAGGAGGAGGCGGCGGAGACGACGAAGACCAGGCCCUGCUGGAUCGCAUGGCCAAACGCGAGGAGAGACGGCAGAGACGCAUGCAAGAGGCGCUGGAAAGACAAAAGGAGCUGGACACUACCGGUACAGAGGCGAUGGAGAAAAACAACGCAGAAGAGGAGAGGCCAUCCUCCUGGCGUAGGGGUCGUUACCGUGACAAUGAGGAUGAAGAGGAGAAGACAGAGAUGUACAGCUCAAGAAGAGAGGAGAAGGAGCAAGAGGAAGAAGAGGCUGCUCCUGAGGGUGAAGAGGAAGCAGAUGAGGGUUUAGAUGAAGAGGAGGAGCAGAAAGUGGAGGUGGUGGAGGACAAACCGAGAAGGUCUUACUUGAGGGAACAGAAAUCAACCGAAGAACCUAAAAUUCAAAACAAGGAACCCGCUGAAGAAGAAACACAUUCAGUAGUCAGUGAGAUUUCAAACCAGGCCAAGUCAACAAAUCCAGAAUCUGGGGAAGAUGCAGUAGCAUCAGAGGAGGUACCUGAGGAUGAUUAUUUAGAUCAUUCAUCCGAGAAUAAGUCUAUGACUCUCAGAAAUGACACUGAAGAGGACAAUGAGGUAUCUGAGAUACUGCACUCAGAGGAUGAUAAGGAAAAUGAAAGAGGCAGGUCCAGGGUGGAGAGGGAGGAGCAGAGCAAGCUGAACGGAGGGCUGCACGAGGAGGAAGCUGCUCUCAAACAGCACAGGAAACCUGAGAGGACCUUCAGUCGCGGCAGUGUGCGGUCCCCCGAGGUGUUCACAGGUGACGACCAGGACGACGCUGCCCGCCUGGAGGCAGAACGCAAGCUGGAGGAGCUGAAGCGUCGCCGCGAUGACGCUGAGAGCGAGGAGUUCGAGAGGAUGAGGCAAAAGCAGCAGGAGGCCGAAGCCGAACUGGAGGAGUUGAAGAGGAAGAGGGAGGAGAGGAGGAAGGUGCUGGAGGAGGAGGAGAGGCAGAAGAAGCAGGAGGAGGCGGAGAGAAAAGCCAGAGAGGAGGAGGAGAAGAGGAAGAUGAAGGAGGAGAUUGAAAGGAGGAGAGCAGAGGCAGCUGAGAAGAGACAGAAGGUUGAAGACAAUAUGAACGGGGAAGGCAGACCCUUCAAGUGUGUCAGCCCUCGAGGCUCCUCUUUGAAGGUUGGUCCACAAUUUUUAACCUCGCAACUCUGCCUCCGAUUCCAAAAGGAGAAUGGCAGUGCAGUUUUAUUUGCCGAUUGACCGUUUACUAACCCCUGUGCC